GAGGACCGACAGCCUUCGUGACACCUCUGAUAGGUGAAACUUUCCUUGGCAGGCGAGGCGGGAGCACCUGCGGAGGUGGAAGCCCCAAAAUGAAGGCAACGAGGGAUUAUUCCGGAUUUUUGGGCGUGGAAAGGCGCAAGCGGGCAGGUUACAGCCUUGAGACGAAGCCGGAGGCGCGUGUCGCCUGUCAGGUGACGAUGGCAGUGCUGUUCAUAGCUCUGCUCGUCACCGCCGUCACUUUUGCAGUGCAGGCUUUUCAGCCUCGUCCCCAACCCUGUUUUCGGUGUCCAUUUGACUGGAUCGGGUACAGAGGAAAAUGCUACCAUUUUUCGGAGGCUGAGGGGAACUGGACAUCCAGCCAGGACAACUGCUCGGCACUCGGUGCUUCCUUGGCCGUGCUCGACAGCGUGGAGGACUUGAGCUUCGUGAUGAGAUAUAAAGGCAUCUCAGAGCAUUGGGUCGGCCUUUCACGGGAAGAUGAGGAGCAACCGUGGAAAUGGGUGAACCACUCACGCUUAUCUCACCCGUUUUGGAUCCGCGGCGACGGUCUCUGCGCCUACCUGAAUGACAACGGGCUCAGCUCCUCCCGCUGCAGCACCGAGAGGAGCUGGGUUUGCAACAAGCCCGAGCUGCAGAGCCCAAGCAAGGGCAACGGGACGAGACGGGCUCAAAACCUUUGCAUCAGAUCCUAA